AUGUCCCAGGUGAAGGUCUGUGUGUCCACUUUUCCUCCUGAGGAUGCUAUCCGUCCAUACGCCUUGGAAACCUUUACUCCCAGAAGGAAGCUCACUGGGCUGAGGCUCAGGGGGCGCGGCCUAGAGCCGUGGCCAAUGAGGAGCCGCAGUGAGAACCGUCCAAUCCCCGCAGGGCCGCCCGGAUCUGGCCGGGCGCUCGGCUCCGAGUCCGCCAUUGCCGCCCUCCGGCUCCAGGCUUCAGGCGGACGCUCAGGGGCCCCUCGGCUCCGCCUGCUGGCGCGACGCUCCUGGGGAGCCGGCUUGGCUCCCAAGUGCCCGGAAAUAGGCCUGUUGACAUUCAGGGAUGUGGCCAUUGAUUUCUCUGAGGAGGAGUGGGAGUGCCUGGACCCUGCCCAGCAGAAUUUAUACAGAGACGUCAUGUUAGAGAACUACAGGAACCUGGUCUUCCUGGGUGGCAUAGCAGUGAGGAAAAAAAAAGCACACGUGAUACUCAACACCAGAUACUUUGUACUGGAGACAGAUCCUACAGACGUACACAAUGUGCCAAAGCCUUAAAGAAUUUUUCAGUCCUUACUCAACACCAGAGUACUCAUGCUGGAAAGAAGAAGUACAACUGUGAAGAAUGUGGCAAAGAUUUUCAUAUAAGAUCACUGCCUACUGGACACCAGAGAAUUCGUACAGGAGAG